GCAUUCGGGUUGGGGGGAGAUGAGGCCCCAGCUGGGGACUCCGUUUGGGUGCAGCCCGCUUUGUGUUGGCGACCGGAGGGAUUCACUUUCAAGAAGGGGCUCAAAGAAUGCGGCUGACAACAGAUCCUUGACCAUCCAUCGUGAUAUUAAACGAACACAAAAUCAGCAGCUCAGAUCAUGAAAGCGUGUAACACAUCGCCUUCUAGCAGCCUGCUUUCUGCACAAAGUUUCGGGAGCCGGCAAAUUCCAACGGGAAACCUGUAAGCUAGAGGCAAGAAGCUGAUGUAGGUAAACGGCGCAAAUGUCCAUAGCUGCAGCAAAACUCCAAGCAAAGCAAGAAGUAAAACAGGACAGCUCACUUUAGCUCCUUUCACCAUUGUUCCAAUGGCAAGGCCUGCCCGGCGCAGCAAAGCGGGGUUGAUUUGGUCAUCAUGUGUGUGGCGCAGGUUUCUGAACAGGCGUGCCGGUUACGUCCGAAGCUUGGCCUUUUUCACGCACAAUUGCUGAGUUCGCCGAACCGCGGGUAGCCAGCUGAGCUCGUUGAGGUGGAAGAGCGCGCGAGUUGAGGGCCCUUGCAAAGGAACUCCGAGUGUUGCCCAAGAGGAUGUUUCUGUGUUAAGCAUAGCGAGCUCAGCCAUGAUGAAGGUGCGCAACUGUGAAGCUUUCUUGGGCUUCUAGAUAAUGACAAGUGAAUCAAUUCAUACGCAUCAGUGGCACAGCGUGCAUCGUACGAAACACUUUCCAGGGCGCUUGCCAUCCGUGCUAGAUUUUUGGGCCCAGCAAGGCAGACACAUGAGGCAGGAGUCCGUCUAGCGCAUUGCUGAAUGAAGCAUUUGUGGGGAUGCCCGGCAGACGCAUGUUGGGCUGCUGUCUCACAGUGCUUGGGCCCCAGACCCAACUUCCACCAACCGACCUCAAGCAGCAGAAGAAUGCUGAUGCAGAUGUAAGUUACACAACGCAAGUAACGCAAGGACUGCUUCCUUACAGCGGCCGUUUCCAGUCGAAUGAUUCGCACGCCAUCUGAGCUUUGGCUUCACUAUGCUUGCAGACGCUAAGGAGCAAAGUGUUGCCCUUGACAUGCUGGCUUGCAAAGCCAAGCACGCUAUGUCAGUUGCCGAGACACAUGACCAUUCCACCGACUCUGCCUUGUUGGCUGCCCCUCGACCGUAAGUGCCAAAUCUGUUUUGGGCAUGACCGUUACCUCUGGCCAAAUGCAAAUGCAGCCGCGGUGCUGCAUGGUGGAGGUUGAAGCCCCAUUUUAAGACGCAUGGCAGGGGAGAGACCGUCGCAGAAGGUUCGGGCAGCAGCGCCUGUUGAAUUGAGUUGUCCGGGGCCUUUGUCUCGAAACUGCAGUGACGCCUGUGUCUCACGAGCAAGGCUUCAGUUUAGCACAUUUUCCACAAGGCGCGCGCCGGGCCAAGAGAAGACAGUGUGUUUUUGUAAGAAGAUACACUAGCGAAUGACAAGCGCCCAUUCCGCACUGGAGGCGGGCAGUGGAAGGCGCAAGCUCCCUUCCCUGGCAGUUUCUUACAUUGGCAGCUUGCAGUGCCUGCGCGAUGUUGCGCAUAGGUAGUUUAGGUCCUUGUUGUAAAUUUGCGAGGUUCCCUUUAGGUCAUAGUGCAAGCGCUCGUUUUCACUGCGCACCGAGCAAACGUACAGCGCGGGAAGCAGCUGCCCGAAGCCAGCAUCCCCACGCGCCUCCUGCGUGUGAGCGAAGUGUGAGCAAGCCAAGGUGAACGUGGCUGCGCUUACUGACGGCGGCCGCAAGAGCGCCCAGCAUGUGUACUGCGCAACAGGCAUCCAACUUCGCACCGCAGCAAAUUUAUUUGCGCUUACGGCCCGUCCAGCACGGCGCUAGAGGCAAGUGUCAUUGACGCUGCAAAUAGAUGCGAACACACGAUUGCGUCAUUAGAAAUGCAAGUCUCUCUUCAAAGCGCGGGCCGCAUUGCUGUCGCAGAAGUUUGGGAAGCAGCGCGUGUUGAAUUGACUUGUUCGUGGCCUUAUUUUUUGCCUCGCCAUUGUUUUGUUUCACCAGGGAGAGGCACCUGGGUCAGUCUGGCGCAUUGCUGUAUUUUGCAGGACACGUAGGGAGCAUAGGGCCCUGAGCAAAUUGAUGCAAGCGCGCUUAAGUUCAGGGGCCAAAGAGAAGCCGCAAGUACAACAAGAAAGCAUCAGUCAGCAAGCGCCAAUGCCCGGCUCGCGGCUGGCGCAUGGCGCGCCCCCUUUCACUUUGACUCGCUGGCAUCCCAGCCACUCAGGGAGUGAGCUUUGCUAGGAACCACGGGGCGUUGCUUGCGCAGGCGAGCGACAAGAUUCCAGAUGCAAAAGCGGGUGUCACAGUGUUUUUGCACGGGUGCAUUUUGCACGUUUGGGCCAAUCCGCGUCCUGUCCGGGCAAAAGUAGCAUUACCCGGGCGCGUGUUUGCCGUCUGUUUGGACUUGCCAUUUCGACGUUCCUGGCAAGUCUGGGCUGGACUGGUUUCCCACCUGCUGCCGUGCCGCUACAUCUUGCCCGGACGCAUGUUUGUGCGUCUGCUUAGAUUUGCGACAAGUGUGGGGUGGGAGGGGAACGGAGCGACACCAACGCAGAGAACUUGUCUAAAGCAAUAUGUUUGGCAUGGGGAUGCACAGAGUCGCCGGAAUGGCGUGCCUGGCAGCUUGACGCUUUCUCCAACGCCGAUCAGCUGUCGCAGGUUGAGAACACCAAGCUUUUGGCAGGACGCGGCAUGUGCCGGACGUGCGUGAUGCAGCGAGCUUUUGCCCCAUGGCAUACCCUCCACAAAAUCAACGUCCGCAAGUAUACCCCGGCUGGUACCGCCUUCCCAUCGCCCCGCACACACCUGCCUCACACCGCCUAAAGCUCACAGCGCCGACCAAACUUGCCAUGAAUGUGGACAAUUGAGCCCUGCCGACACCCCCAUUGUGCGAGUGAAAGCAACAAGAAGCUGGCACAAUGACUCGCGCUCAAAUUGUGUGGAAGCAUCCUACGAAAUUACCAGCAAAGACAUAUCGAGGAUUCUGUUAACAUAUCGAUUUUAUAUGCUGCCGCGAAAGAAGUCCCUUCUAAUCUCUCUACUGGAGGACCUAGUUGUUGAUUCCUUAAGAGAAAGAUCUUGGAUGAAGGCGCCCAUCACGCGUUGGGUCGCCUUUUGGUGGGAUCAGGGUUUCCACCAGGCUUACUCGGCGGUGUUCUUGUCGCCCAAAGUGCGGGCAGCGUUCAGUCCACUGGACGGCAUCCGUUGAUCCUGGAAGAGGAAGUUCAAGCCUAAUGUUCCUCUCCCUACUACCGGAAAAACGCUGGUCAAUUGGGAAUGGGAGGCAAGCCAGCGCUGGCACACCCGGACGCAUGUCAACAAAAGAAUGCGAUUAACAGGGUUGAAGCGCAUGCUGUCCAUGAGAUUAGAACAGUCCGCUGACCAGCAUGAUGGUGCUGCUCAAUGGAGGCCAACUCUUCCGUGGAAGAACUGCGGCAACUCUCCGAAACGGGGCAAACUUUGCAAGGACUCGUGCAAAUACCAAUUUUUCAAGAGGGUCUGUGAACGACGCACGAUACGAGAGGCCCCCAAAAACAUAGUGGUGUUCCCGGGGCACGCAGCUGGGCUACCUAGCCUCCUUUUGAUAGAAACAUUUUGGAACUUGCUGAUGCAAGUUUGGCCACUGGGUACAUUUGUCCCCAAUGCGGGCUCCGAACUUAGAGCUUUGUGGCUUGAUAUGAACUGUUUCAAUUUGUGUGCGUGGAGAAGCAUGCAGACACGAUUGCAGUAGAAGCAGACAGGUGUUGCUGCAUACAACAAACACAACGCUUGCGAGAAGCAGCAAGCCAAGAGGACCAAAGCAUUGUUCUACAGCCCUGCUGCUUGCGCUGUGACAAGGCCUGGCCUCCACUUGCAGGCGCUAGACUUUCCUUUUCCUUUCGUGCCAUUGCUGAAUCAAAUCUUGUAAAACAUGCUGCCACGACGGGCUUCGGCUCGUUCCAGAGAGAAUGCUGCGACCGAGGCCUCUGCUUUGCGGCCUGCUCUGCACAAACCUCGGAAGGCACAUCCUUGCUUGCCAAGAGGUCCCUUCCGCGGACUUCCGCGGUACAUGCCUUUCAUCGGUUGCUUCCGCAAACCUUCCGCGGCGCAUUUGACCAUUCCAACGCCAGAUAUGUGUGGAUGGGGCCAGAAGCGAAGACCUCACAUGCAUCCAUCGAAGCAGCGCUUUUCGAGCUGACGUGCUCAAGACUUGCUUGUGGCUGGCCACUCAUGAAGCCAUUUCGGUAUGUCUCAACAUGAGGGGCCCCAACAUGUUUGGUUUCCUUACAGUUUGCUCUUCGCAACCACCGAAGAGGGGCCAACUCUGAGAAAGACAUCGGCGAACCCUGCAGUGCCAGCUGUGCGCUGCGUUGGGUUUGCGGAAAACUGGACAGGGGACUUGGCCCAGCCUCAUGGCUGGUGGGACAUCCUGCCAUUCCUGCUUCUAGAGUUCAAAGCGCGUCGCGUCGAGAGAGCAAGAGUCAGAACUGCAAGACAUUUGCUGACAGGACGCGUGUCUUCCGAAACAGGUUGGUUCGGGGGUUUGUUCAAACGCGCCGCAAAGUUUUAGUGUCUGGUAUGAUUCUUGCACGACUGUUUUUUUGGGUACCGUGGCAGGGCCAAUCACCGUGUGUCAAGGCAGGAUCAGGCUUUUGGGGAAUUUGCUUUGACAAUGUGUUCCGACAUUCGCCUCUCAGGUCACUGGGAAGAUGUAUCGGAAGUGCCUCAGCACGUGCCGAAAGCUGCCCCAGUGCAAGUCCUGCCAAGGAUCAUUCUCACCUUUGCACCUAGGUGCAGCACAAGAAGCUGCCGCUGCGUCCUGAACAAGAGCAGGGUAUGGGUCACAAAUAAACCACCAGAGGACCACAUGUUUUAGUCCGUGUUUCCAUUUGCCAGGGUUCCAUUUUGGGUACCUAUUUUCCAGGCGGUGCAUGACAGCCAUCAUCUGGCAUCUUAAGAGCUCAAAGUGAGCUGUGCCUCCAGGGACAGCUCAAAUUCAUGUUUUCCUUGUUCCCGUUGGACACCGAUGGGUUCCUGUUGGAUCCUUGGGGCAGCAUGCCAUGGCAGAAACUUGGCUGGUUUACAAGCUGGAUGUGUUGCGGGUCAAAGCUUCUUCUGCCGAAGCCACUGGGUCAAGCGAGCGAACCCAUCUCCCCCUCAACAUGGUCAAUCACCUGUCACGUCUGCCAUUUGCGCCAUUUUGUUUUUUCUGCGCUAGCGAACUGUCGGCAAAACUUUCAUUUGGCCAUGGGUCAUAAGCUAUGCCUCCAUUUCGGGGCGGAUGGACACCCAUGUACCAUUUUGAUUCUCACCAGGGGUACCACUGGUUUUGACCACCACAGCCAUUCGGCUUCAGCGGAGGUCCCGCCUCGCCCGAAGCGGCCGAAGCGGCCGAAGCGGCAUGGAGGUGGCCUGCGAGGGCCUGAGGCGACGCGGCGCGGAGCUGGAAGCCGGGCUGGCUGCGCGGUUCACUCAGACGCUGGAGGAGCUGGCAAAUCUCAACACGGACCGCCUACAGCGUUUCUUGGAUUUGGUGGAGUCGAACCACUCUGGUGACGACCCCCGUUGCAACCCGUCGUCUGUGCUGACCAGCCAGGCGUCUGUGCUGGUGAUUAGCCAGGGCGAUGACGGUGAAGUGACAUCUGACGCCUGUGAGACGGAUGCCGACAUAAUCUGCACUGCGGUCAAAGCUGUUGAGGGACACCGGGCGACAAACUUGAUCUCAAGCUCCAAUCCGAAUCGUGACAAGUUUUGGAGGGCGAUUGAGGAUUUCAUUGUGCCGAUGACCAAUGAGGGCGGCCCUCAUUUGUUUUUCUACGCUGGCCACGGUUGCGAGAUUCGUGGCAGCUUUCGCUUCAUUCCGUGCGAGGCAGAGCGGGCAGAAGACUACAUUCCGCUGGGUCAGAUUAUGUCGAAGAUUGAUGCACAAGUCACCGGUUGUCAGAUCAUUUUCUGCAUUGGCUCUUGUCGUGACAACCCAUUCAGGCAGGAUGUCUGCGAUCGAUGGGACAAUGAGGUUGGCACGAAGAACGAGUACUUUCUUCUUUUUUCAACCUCAAGUGGCCAGCCUUCGCCUGACUCACAUAACCAGAGUGAUGCGACGAUCUUUGCCCAGACAGUGGCCGAAUUCAUCCCCAAGUUGAAUGGGCCCAUGGUUUCAGACGUGAUGCACAGCAUCAUCGCGACCAUCAAGGAAAGGGACGAGCAAUCUGAGGCGUGGUUCUAUUGUGGAGGGCAGCCAAGCCUCAAGUCGAUGCGCUCAAGUUCGGUCAGCAGUACCUCAUCUAUGCACCCCACAGCAACCCUUUGGAGAGGAUACAGCGUCUUUUCCGCUAAACAUACCAAAUCCAUCAGCCCAAGCUCCUCAGACCAAGUCUACCGCACCACAGACAUUCGGAAAGAUCACCGCAGACGGGUCAAUCGUAUGACUGCGCCGGUCGUGGCACCAAAGUGCAUCAUCCUGGACAGCACAGGGGAUCGGUGCGCAGAAGACGUGCAGCAGGACUUCGCCAGGCGGGGCAUGGGUCCGAACUACCUCAUCACCAAGGAGGGUCGCCGGGUGCUGCUGGUGGAGGAGGAGAACAUGGCCUGGGACUACAACUUGGCCUUCUGGGGCAGCGGAGUCGUCGAUCAGCAGGGCUACAUCCCGGGCGUCGGCCAGAUCAACGAGCUGAAGUCGUACGCCAUCUCCAUCCAGAUGGAAAGCGAUGAGGGCAAGUUUGCGGACGCGCAGUACGAUGCCUUGAAUCUUCUUCUGAAGGAUGUCAUGGCCCGCCAUCGGAUGCAGCCCUGGGACGUGGUUAGCGCGGGGGAGGUGGUGCAGCCGCCCCCGAAAAAGCCGCAGCCGGGGCCUCACUUCGAGUGGCAGCGCCUGGACGAGUGCCUGCACGCCAAGGAGUUUCAGGCAGCGACUCUGUACGACAUCACCGAGCUGAAGCAGAAGCUGCAGGAGUGGGGCUACGCGUUUGGCGAUGCCGAGCAAGGGUUCGAGCACAGGCUCUACGCAUUCCGCCUGCGCUACAAGGUGCCCAUGCCGGAGAAAGGAUACGAGUUCUCCGCGCGGGAUUUAGAAGCGGUGGAGUCUUUGCUUCAGCAAAGGAAGGAUCUUGUGUUUAGCCAUUCCGUGGCGGAUUAGUAAUCCCCGGAAUGGCUGCUUUUUAAAGCAUAUUCGAAUACAGCGGAAA